UAACAAAUUGGCUGCUAAUUAGGCAACCGAAAAACUAUCUCCCAAGAAAGCUGAACCAGCUCUGACCCAUCGGUUCUUCUUCCACUGGAAAUUUUCUCUCUGUCUCCCCUCCUCCUGGACCACGGCCACCAGAAUUUCAGGUCCCACUCCAGGUCCCUCAGACUCGAUUGCACAGGCCCAAUGGAGCAGCUGUGGAGAAACCAGACUCCAGUGGGGGAGUUCCUCCUGGCAGCCCUUUCCCCGACUCCACAGUCCCAGGCCGCCUUGUUUGCUGUGUUCCUCUUGGUCUACGUCUCCACGCUGGUGGGUAAUACCCUCAUUAUGGCGACAGUCAGCUCAGACCCCCGCCUCCGCACUCCCAUGUAUUUCCUGCUGGGCAACCUCUCCUUCCUGGACCUGUGCUACUCCACCGUCACUGCCCCCAAGAUGCUGUUGGACUUUCUGUCUGAGAGGAGGAGUAUUUCCUACCAGGCCUGCAUGGUCCAGCUCUUCUUCCUGCACUUCGUGGGGGCGGCCGAGAUGUUCCUGCUCACCGUCAUGGCCUACGACCGCUACGUGGCCAUCUGCAAGCCCCUCCACUACCCUAGCAUCAUGAACCGGACCCUAUGCAGCUGGCUGGUGGCGGCUUCCUGGGCGGGAGGGUUCAUCCACUCCAUGGUCCAGACCAUCCUCACCAUGCGGCUGCCCUUCUGCGGGCCUAACCGGGUGGACAACUUCUUCUGCGAUGUCCCACCAGUGAUCAAGCUGGCCUGCACUGACACCUAUGUGGUGGAGCUGCUCAUGGUCUCCAACAGUGGGCUAAUCUCCACCAGUUGCUUUGUUAUCCUGGUAGCCUCUUACACCACCAUCUUGGUGAGGAUUCGCUCCCCUGAAGGGCGUCGCAAGGCGCUCUCAACCUGUGCCUCACACCUGACUGUGGUGACCUUAUUCUUCGGGCCCUGCAUCUUCAUCUACGCCCGGCCCUUCUCCAUCUUCUCAGUGGACAAGCUGGUCUCAGUCCUGUACAACAUCAUCACCCCCAUGCUCAACCCCUUGAUCUACACACUCAGGAACAAGGAGGUGAAGUCAGCCAUGAGUAGACUGAGGACAAGGAGCAUUACUUCUGGGGGGAAGGUAAUAGUCUGAGAUGCAGGGAGAGCUGAGAACCAGGCAGCCAUCUUGGGGAGAUAUGGAUCAGCCAAGGCAGCCAUCUUGGGGAGAUAUGGGCUGGACAAGGCAGGGGAGCCAUAGAAGCCAGGAGUCCUGCCUCCCAGCCCCGUCCCCACUCUAAUCCACUAAACCCCACUCCUCUCCCAGAGCUGGGGAUAGAAGCCAGGAAUCCUGGCUCUCAGACCCUCACCUCCACUCUUUCCACUAGACCUCCAACUCUCUUACAACAGGAAUGUCUUUAGCGGUUAUUGGAUGACUCUGUAACAUGCAGCCUGCAUUAACCAUCCGAUGUCCUGCAGGACAAAGAGGCCCACAACACCUAAGUCCCAGCCCUCCCUGCUGGGGGACCUGGGAUUAGAACUUGAGAUCUUCUUCUCCACAUGCUCACUGAGUUAAAUGAGAGCCCCUAGCUGCAGCACUAUGAUGUCUCUGAUAUCGCCAUGCUGUCGCUAGGGGGCGACAUUGCCCCAAGAUG